AUGGCAACUACAUUGGCGGAACAUGUUUCCGUGGAAAAAGCCGGCGAUAACUAUGUCUCGACGUACCUGCCACAGCGAAUGGGAAACUCAGCACCUAUAGGGUAUGGAGGGUACGCUAUUUCCCUCGCAAUUCACGCCGCAUACAAAACCGCACCUGAGGGAUUUCAUGUGCACUCCGCAUUCGGGCAUUUCCUUCGAGCAACCAGUACAGAAGCGCACAUCAUUUGUACGCCAGUUCAACUCCGGAAAACAAAGAGUUUUGCCACAUACCGCGUCGCAGUUGAGCAACGGAUUGAGUCAACCGGUGAAUCACGCCUAUGUAUGCAGCUUUUGGUAGAUUUUCACAAAGACGAACCGGCCCUCCUCAGCUAUUCAGCACCCUCAACUCAAGCAUACACUCACUGGCAGCAUUGCGUACCGUGGGACCAGAUGUUGGUAAACGAUCUGGCGACGGGAAAGAUCACGACAGAGCAAUCCAACAUGUUCAACAAAAUGUUUGGACUGUCCAGAAAUCUUUACGAAGGUCGACCGUGUCCUGAAGGCAUUACCUCCCAGAAUCUGAUGGGCUUGCUCAAGUCCGUCAAAAGUCAUCAGGAUGACCUACCUGUUACGGAGAAAACAUCGGCGGAUUGGCUUCGUGUGAAACAUCCUCUCCGGACUGAGGGGGAACAGGUGGCGAGCUUGGGAUUCAUGAUGGAUGGACUAUUGUCCUUUCUACCAUUGGUGCAUAACCACCUUUUCUUCGAGGACGUCGACGCCUGCUCUAGCCUUGACUUCGCACUGAGAAUCUUCUCUCCAUGUAUCAAAAUGGACCAUUGGCACUUAAGGGAGACGAUUAGCAGCCGGGCUGGACAUGGUCGCACGUAUAGUGAGAGCAGGCUAUGGAAUGAAGAGGGAAACUUGGUUGCUUGUAUGAGUCAACAGUCAAUUUUAAGAGUCCCCUCAACGAAAGCAAAGAUAUGA